AUGGCCUCAAAGCAGUGCAAGACGAGAGGCAUCAAUGCGCGCGAGGGCAGCACGCAGCGAGGCGAGGGAGUCGGCGAGCAGCUUCACCCCACCUCCCCCACUCCACUAUGUUUGUUGCUUCUCCCCCCAACCCCCCUCUCCCUUUCACACCCCAUUCUCUCACCUCCCACCGUCACUGCCCCAUCUCACCUCUCCCCCAACUUCCCCUCUUUCCCCUGCACCCCCUCCCCCCUUUCCCCCCUCUUGCGCACCUUCUGUUUCGCCAUGGCCUCAACGGCAGUGCGAGAGGCAUCGAUGCGGGCACCACCCUACGUCCCUGUCACCUGCCACUUCUCUCCCCUCCUACCAUCACUGCCCUAUCUCACCUUCCCCCCACCUCCUUGGAGCCUCACCUCCUUGGAGCCUCACCUCCUUGGAGCCUCACCUCCUUGGAGCCUCACCUCCUUGGAGCCUCACCUCCUUGGAGCCUCACCUCCUUGGAGCCUCACCUCCUUGGAGCCUCACCUCCUUGGAGCCUCACCUCCUUGGAGCCUCACCUCCUUGGAGCCUCACCUCCUUGGAGCCUCACCUCCUUGGAGCCUCACCUCCUUGGAGCCUCACCUCCUUGGAGCCUCACCUCCUUGGAGCCUCACCUCCUUGGAGCCUCACCUCCUUGGAGCCUCACCUCCUUGGAGCCUCACCUCCUUGGAGCCUCACCUCCUUGGAGCCUCACCUCCUUGGAGCCUCACCUCCUUGGAGCCUCACCUCCUUGGAGCCUCACCUCCUUGGAGCCUCACCUCCUUGGAGCCUCACCUCCUUGGAGCCUCACCUCCUUGGAGCCUCACCUCCUUGGAGCCUCACCUCCUUGGAGCCUCACCUCCUUGGAGCCUCACCUCCUUGGAGCCUCACCUCCUUGGAGCCUCACCUCCUUGGAGCCUCACCUCCUUGGAGCCUCACCUCCUUGGAGCCUCACCUCCUUGGAGCCUCACCUCCUUGGAGCCUCACCUCCUUGGAGCCUCACCUCCUUGGAGCCUCACCUCCUUGGAGCCUCACCUCCUUGGAGCCUCACCUCCUUGGAGCCUCACCUCCUUGGAGCCUCACCUCCUUGGAGCCUCACCUCCUUGGAGCCUCACCUCCUGCGAGCCUCACCUCCUGCGAGCCUCACCUCCUGCGAGCCUCACCUCCUGCGAGCCUCACCUCCUGCGAGCCUCACCUCCUGCGAGCCUCACCUCCUGCGAGCCUCACCUCCUUGGAGCCUCACCUCCUUGGAGCCUCACCUCCUUGGAGCCUCACCUCCUUGGAGCCUCACCUCCUUGGAGCCUCACCUCCUUGGAGCCUCACCUCCUUGGAGCCUCACCUCCUUGGAGCCUCACCUCCUUGGAGCCUCACCUCCUUGGAGCCUCACCUCCUUGGAGCCUCACCUCCUUGGAGCCUCACCUCCUUGGAGCCUCACCUCCUUGGAGCCUCACCUCCUUGGAGCCUCACCUCCUUGGAGCCUCACCUCCUUGGAGCCUCACCUCCUUGGAGCCUCACCUCCUUGGAGCCUCACCUCCUUGGAGCCUCACCUCCUUGGAGCCUCACCUCCUUGGAGCCUCACCUCCUUGGAGCCUCACCUCCUUGGAGCCUCACCUCCUUGGAGCCUCACCUCCUUGGAGCCUCACCUCCUUGGAGCCUCACCUCCUGCGAGCCUCACCUCCUGCGAGCCUCACCUCCUGCGAGCCUCACCUCCUGCGAGCCUCACCUCCUGCGAGCCUCACCUCCUUGGAGCCUCACCUCCUUGGAGCCUCACCUCCUUGGAGCCUCACCUCCUUGGAGCCUCACCUCCUUGGAGCCUCACCUCCUUGGAGCCUCACCUCCUUGGAGCCUCACCUCCUUGGAGCCUCACCUCCUUGGAGCCUCACCUCCUUGGAGCCUCACCUCCUUGGAGCCUCACCUCCUGCGAGCCUCACCUCCUGCGAGCCUCACCUCCUGCGAGCCUCACCUCCUGCGAGCCUCACCUCCUUGGAGCCUCACCUCCUUGGAGCCUCACCUCCUUGGAGCCUCACCUCCUUGGAGCCUCACCUCCUUGGAGCCUCACCUCCUUGGAGCCUCACCUCCUUGGAGCCUCACCUCCUUGGAGCCUCACCUCCUUGGAGCCUCACCUCCUUGGAGCCUCACCUCCUUGGAGCCUCACCUCCUGCGAGCCUCACCUCCUGCGAGCCUCACCUCCUGCGAGCCUCACCUCCUUGGAGCCUCACCUCCUUGGAGCCUCACCUCCUUGGAGCCUCACCUCCUUGGAGCCUCACCUCCUUGGAGCCUCACCUCCUUGGAGCCUCACCUCCUUGGAGCCUCACCUCCUUGGAGCCUCACCUCCUGCGAGCCUCACCUCCUGCGAGCCUCACCUCCUGCGAGCCUCACCUCCUGCGAGCCUCACCUCCUGCGAGCCUCACCUCCUUGGAGCCUCACCUCCUUGGAGCCUCACCUCCUUGGAGCCUCACCUCCUUGGAGCCUCACCUCCUUGGAGCCUCACCUCCUUGGAGCCUCACCUCCUUGGAGCCUCACCUCCUUGGAGCCUCACCUCCUUGGAGCCUCACCUCCUUGGAGCCUCACCUCCUGCGAGCCUCACCUCCUGCGAGCCUCACCUCCUGCGAGCCUCACCUCCUGCGAGCCUCACCUCCUUGGAGCCUCACCUCCUUGGAGCCUCACCUCCUUGGAGCCUCACCUCCUUGGAGCCUCACCUCCUUGGAGCCUCACCUCCUUGGAGCCUCACCUCCUUGGAGCCUCACCUCCUUGGAGCCUCACCUCCUUGGAGCCUCACCUCCUUGGAGCCUCACCUCCUUGGAGCCUCACCUCCUUGGAGCCUCACCUCCUGCGAGCCUCACCUCCUGCGAGCCUCACCUCCUGCGAGCCUCACCUCCUGCGAGCCUCACCUCCUGCGAGCCUCACCUCCUUGGAGCCUCACCUCCUUGGAGCCUCACCUCCUUGGAGCCUCACCUCCUUGGAGCCUCACCUCCUUGGAGCCUCACCUCCUUGGAGCCUCACCUCCUUGGAGCCUCACCUCCUUGGAGCCUCACCUCCUUGGAGCCUCACCUCCUUGGAGCCUCACCUCCUUGGAGCCUCACCUCCUUGGAGCCUCACCUCCUUGGAGCCUCACCUCCUUGGAGCCUCACCUCCUUGGAGCCUCACCUCCUUGGAGCCUCACCUCCUUGGAGCCUCACCUCCUUGGAGCCUCACCUCCUUGGAGCCUCACCUCCUUGGAGCCUCACCUCCUUGGAGCCUCACCUCCUUGGAGCCUCACCUCCUUGGAGCCUCACCUCCUUGGAGCCUCACCUCCUUGGAGCCUCACCUCCUUGGAGCCUCACCUCCUGCGAGCCUCACCUCCUGCGAGCCUCACCUCCUGCGAGCCUCACCUCCUGCGAGCCUCACCUCCUGCGAGCCUCACCUCCUUGGAGCCUCACCUCCUUGGAGCCUCACCUCCUUGGAGCCUCACCUCCUUGGAGCCUCACCUCCUUGGAGCCUCACCUCCUUGGAGCCUCACCUCCUUGGAGCCUCACCUCCUUGGAGCCUCACCUCCUUGGAGCCUCACCUCCUUGGAGCCUCACCUCCUUGGAGCCUCACCUCCUGCGAGCCUCACCUCCUGCGAGCCUCACCUCCUGCGAGCCUCACCUCCUGCGAGCCUCACCUCCUGCGAGCCUCACCUCCUUGGAGCCUCACCUCCUUGGAGCCUCACCUCCUUGGAGCCUCACCUCCUUGGAGCCUCACCUCCUUGGAGCCUCACCUCCUUGGAGCCUCACCUCCUUGGAGCCUCACCUCCUUGGAGCCUCACCUCCUUGGAGCCUCACCUCCUUGGAGCCUCACCUCCUGCGAGCCUCACCUCCUGCGAGCCUCACCUCCUGCGAGCCUCACCUCCUUGGAGCCUCACCUCCUUGGAGCCUCACCUCCUUGGAGCCUCACCUCCUUGGAGCCUCACCUCCUUGGAGCCUCACCUCCUUGGAGCCUCACCUCCUUGGAGCCUCACCUCCUUGGAGCCUCACCUCCUGCGAGCCUCACCUCCUGCGAGCCUCACCUCCUGCGAGCCUCACCUCCUGCGAGCCUCACCUCCUGCGAGCCUCACCUCCUUGGAGCCUCACCUCCUUGGAGCCUCACCUCCUUGGAGCCUCACCUCCUUGGAGCCUCACCUCCUUGGAGCCUCACCUCCUUGGAGCCUCACCUCCUUGGAGCCUCACCUCCUUGGAGCCUCACCUCCUUGGAGCCUCACCUCCUGCGAGCCUCACCUCCUGCGAGCCUCACCUCCUGCGAGCCUCACCUCCUGCGAGCCUCACCUCCUGCGAGCCUCACCUCCUUGGAGCCUCACCUCCUUGGAGCCUCACCUCCUUGGAGCCUCACCUCCUUGGAGCCUCACCUCCUUGGAGCCUCACCUCCUUGGAGCCUCACCUCCUUGGAGCCUCACCUCCUUGGAGCCUCACCUCCUUGGAGCCUCACCUCCUUGGAGCCUCACCUCCUUGGAGCCUCACCUCCUGCGAGCCUCACCUCCUGCGAGCCUCACCUCCUUGGAGCCUCACCUCCUUGGAGCCUCACCUCCUUGGAGCCUCACCUCCUUGGAGCCUCACCUCCUUGGAGCCUCACCUCCUGCGAGCCUCACCUCCUUGGAGCCUCACCUCCUUGGAGCCUCACCUCCUUGGAGCCUCACCUCCUUGGAGCCUCACCUCCUUGGAGCCUCACCUCCUGCGAGCCUCACCUCCUGCGAGCCUCACCUCCUGCGAGCCUCACCUCCUGCGAGCCUCACCUCCUUGGAGCCUCACCUCCUUGGAGCCUCACCUCCUUGGAGCCUCACCUCCUUGGAGCCUCACCUCCUUGGAGCCUCACCUCCUUGGAGCCUCACCUCCUUGGAGCCUCACCUCCUUGGAGCCUCACCUCCUUGGAGCCUCACCUCCUUGGAGCCUCACCUCCUUGGAGCCUCACCUCCUUGGAGCCUCACCUCCUGCGAGCCUCACCUCCUGCGAGCCUCACCUCCUUGGAGCCUCACCUCCUUGGAGCCUCACCUCCUUGGAGCCUCACCUCCUUGGAGCCUCACCUCCUUGGAGCCUCACCUCCUGCGAGCCUCACCUCCUUGGAGCCUCACCUCCUUGGAGCCUCACCUCCUUGGAGCCUCACCUCCUUGGAGCCUCACCUCCUGCGAGCCUCACCUCCUUGGAGCCUCACCUCCUGCGAGCCUCGCCCCACGCUCUCCACCCCCCCCUGCGCACCUUGCUGCUGUUUCGCCAUGGCUUCAACAGCGGCCCGCGAGGCAUCAAUGCGGGCAAGGGCAGCGCGCAGCGAGGCGAGGGAGUCGGCGAGCAGCUUCACCUCGCCCUCCACCUGCUCUCGAAUCUGCCGCACCUGCUCCACUGGCAGACGCGGAAUGUCCUUCACUGA